GGGAUGUUGAGGGUGCAAAGAGAGGUCUCCAUGAUUGGGCAGGUGUAUGACCUGUUGCACCUCAUCUGGAAAACAUACCACCUAACCCCUAAAUAAAUGAGGGAACUCAAAGCACUUGGAGCUCAACAGUCACAGUGAAUGCACCGAGUGGAGUGAAAGGGACCAGGUGGCUGCCCCAUGUGUCCCGGAGUUUGAGGACCUUCCUAAAACCAGGGAAGGAUGGUAAUUCCUCUGGCCAGUUUACAGCCUUGUAUGUGCACAUGGAGCAUCUGGCAGGUGCCUCGGCCAGUGCAGAUAGCUGGCAGAGCAAAGAAGGUAAGUAUUAUCUUAUCUCAGUGUUUUGUGUUGACAGUAUAAAUCAAUUAUUGAAAACAUUUUAACUUUGGUGUUUUAUGAGUUGAGAAUCAGAACUACAUAUUUGCAGGUCAAAGUCAGCAUGGAGGAUGGGACAUGUGGCAUUUUGCCACUUCCUGUCAGACCUUUUCUCUUCCAUCAGCAACUUCAGCCUGCAGCUUCAGAAAAACAAUGUAAUCCUACCUCAGGUAAAGAAGAGAGAAAAAAGGAGGCCAGGGGAUUACUUUUAUAUUCCCCUUAACAUGUUGCUUAUAUUAAGAAUACAACUGUCUUCCAAGGCUGUUAGUGGCAUCGAAUCUCUCUUGGCUACCAUAGAAGCUAUGGCAGCUAGCCCCAAACCUGAUGGUAAGCUGUCUUAGUUCCUUGCAGCCAUGAAGAAGCAGCGCCAACCGAGAGGAGGAGAACCUGGGGCUGGGACGUUCAAGUAUCAGGAUGUCACGCUUUCUAAAGGUGAAGCUGCAGAGCUGGCAGAAGGUCAACCAAUCAGCCAGUGUGCUCCCAGACUGCAAAGAGCCAUUGUGCUGACCUGUGAGUCCACGGUGAAACACCUGAAGAAUAGAUUUAGCAGCCUACUUGAAGAGAACACAAAGGAUGCACCAACAGCCAAGGCAGUGAAGUGUUUCAAUGUCUUCAGCCAUGACUCUUGGGCAGAUAAUAGGCUGGAGCUCCUGAACCAUGGUGUGGAAGAGGUGAACUUUCUCCUACGACACUUCUCCACUGUCCUGGACAGGAAUGGCUGCAGCAAAGAAAAGGCCAAAGAGGAGUUCCAACUGAUGAAAAUGACGAUAAACACGUCAUUCAAGGACAAAAGCUAUCUUGGACUGUGGCAAGUCAUGACGACAAAAGAGCCCUACUGCUCAGACUUUGCGAAUAUCCUACACCUGGUCAAAAUCAUGCUGGUGCUCCCAAUCUCUUCAGCAGUCUGUGAAAGAGGCUUCUCAUCAGUAAACAGAAUCAAGUCAGAUGUUAGAUCAAGCCUGCAUACUGAAACUGUUGAGGACCUAAUCCGUAUUAGUGUUGAGGGGCCACAAUUGGAGGACUAUGAUGCCAGGCAGGAUGUUAAGCAAUGGUUCUCCCAGGGUAAGAGGAGCAGGAGGCCUAACUAUAUGAGCUGGUCCCUAGAAUGAGAUGAAUUGCAGGGAAGAAAUUAAUGCUGCUUAGUUCAAGUUCAGUUUGAAUUAAUGAGCUUUAAGUUUAUAAGUUAUUUAUUACGUAGUUUUUAAGUUACCAGUAAGUUCGAUGUUCAGAAUGUUAUGUUCAAUAUACGUUUAAUAACGUGGAACAGUAUUUUUGUACUGCGGCUCAUGCAGAGAAACUUGAAUUCAGAUUAAAAUAUUUUGCAAAUAUCAAGUUUGGGUCAUUGUCAAUCUUUAACUUUCAUCAACAUAACAUAUUAAUAACACGCUAUACAAAGAAAAAUAUGGUGCUACCUAAUUUGUUUUGGUGCUACUAAAUGAAAAGCUAGGUGGCACCAGUGUUACCUGUGAAAAAGUUAGUCUGGAGCCCUGCACCAGCGCCAACAGCAGUUCCAGCACCAGCAACAGAAGACCCAUCACCAGCUCCAGGUCCAUCAUCAGCAUCAGCAACAGAGGCCCUGGGCCACUCUGUCAUUCCAAAAGGACUUGUGGAGCACUGCUCCUUCCAAAGCCCCCAGAAGUUCAUAAAUGAUCUCCUACAUGGGAUGUAUACCAGGGAAUAUAUGGCAGGCCAGUCAUCCAGCAGCUGCACAGAAGGAAAACCUGGCCUAGCCAAACAGGACCUUGUAGAAAUAACAAGUAGGUAUAUAGAAAUGAGAAAAGAUGUUGGUUGAGUGAUACCCUCAUUCUCAUGCUCAUCUUUCGUGUAUGUGUUUGUGUGUGUGUGUGUGUGUAUUCCCACAGAUGCUGCAAAGUUGAAGUUCACCUACGUAACUGAUACGAACAUAAAAGCAUUUAAACGACAAAAGCUGAACAAUGCUGCCAAAUUUCAUGAACAAUAAAUGAUCAACUGUUUAAAGAAAGUUAAACUUUUGUUCUAUUUUU